AUGGACGACAGCAGCGCCAUCCGGAUCAAUGUGGGGGGCUUCAAAAACAGGCUCCACUCCAACACUCUCUCCCGGUUUCCAGAGACAAGACUGGCGCGUCUCCUCCACUGUCAGUCCAAAGAGUCCAUCCUGGAGCUGUGUGACGACUAUGACGACACAGAGAAAGAGUUUUACUUUGACAGAAACCCUUUGCUUUUCCCCUAUGUGCUGAAUUUCUACAAGACGGGGCGACUGCAUGUCAUGGCUGAGCUGUGCGUCUUCUCCUUCAGCCAGGAGAUCGAGUACUGGGGCAUCAAUGAGUUCUUCAUCAACUCCUGCUGCAGCAGUGCCUACCACUGCAAGAAAAUGGACCAGGGUCAGGAGGAGUGGGAUGACCACAGUGAUAAAGGAACCACCACUUCAUCUUUUAAGGAGUUGUUGGAGUUUUACACAGAAGGCACAAAGUUUGACAAGCAGCCGUGUGGAAGUGCACGGAGGAGGAUCUGGUUGAUGCUGGAUAACCCUGGAUACUCCAUCACCAGCCGCGUCAUCAGCCUCCUCUCUGUGCUCGUGGUGAUUGGCUCCAUCUCUGCCAUGUGCAUGAACAGCAUGAGUGAGUUCAGCCUGUUGGACAGUGAGGGUCAACCCAUGGAGGACCCUCGUUUUGAGACCGUGGAACACUUUGGCAUCGGUUGGUUCACUUUGGAGCUAGUUGCCAGAUUAGCAGUGGCACCGGAUCUAGUGCACUUUUUCUUCCACCCAUUGAAUGUGAUAGACCUGGUGUCCAUACUUCCCUUUUAUUUGACACUCCUGGUAAAUCUGGUGGUGGAGAGUAGGCCACGGCUGGCCAACCUGGGACAUGUUGCACAGGUUCUGAGGCUGAUGAGGAUUUUCCGUGUCCUGAAGCUUGCCCGUCACUCCACGGGGUUGCGGGCCCUGGGGGCCACCCUAAGAAACAGCUACAGAGAAGUGGGCCUGCUGCUCCUCUACCUGGCUGUUGGCAUUUCAUUUUUCUCCAUCAUAGUUUACACUGUGGAGCAAGAGGAAAGUGAAGAUCUCUCCACCAUCCCAGCAUGCUGGUGGUGGACUACUGUCAGCAUGACUACUGUUGGGUACGGAGACGUGGUGCCGAUAUCCAUACCGGGAAGGCUGACUGCAUCAGCAUGCAUCCUGGCUGGGAUCUUAGUAGUUGUGAUUCCGAUUACGCUCAUUUUCAAUAAAUUUUAUUUCUUCUACAAACAGCAAAAACAGCUAGAACGGGCAAUGAGGAGCUGUGAGUUUGAUGAUGGGAUAAGUCAGCUGCCGGCAGUUAGUAUGAGAAUUUAUUACACAUACAAAGUAAAAACCCUUAUGCAGCACUUGUGA